UUAUUUAUCCAACGUCCCUUAUAAGGGACGCUAUGCAGACAGGACAGUUAACAAUAAUAUUUUAUUACAACAAUAAUAUUUUAUUACAGACUAACAGUAGCUGAAAUACUGGAAGAGAUCGAAGCUUUUGAUGGUCAGUUGCAAGAACUUAACAUUUUUGCAAUCCCACCAUUGGAGGAAAAUGAGACCGACCAGGAUUCGGACGGUAGUGAUGACGAACACGAGGCGAACUUGGAUCAUCUCGGCCCGAAAUUAUUGACUGCGGAAGGCGAGAUCCAAGACGAAUUCGAUGACUGGAGUGACAGUGACGAUGAGCCACUGGCUAAAUACAGAAAAACCGUCAGUUCGAGUGUGCGUGCGGGAAAUGCCUUGCGUUGGCGAAAAGUGGACCCGGUGUACGACAUACAAACGGAAUGCGAAACAAUACCGCCGAGUGCCGAAGCUCAAGCCGCCAGUUCGCCUACUGAUUUCUUUGAGCUAUUUUUUUUCUGAAGGCAUUAUAAAUUUUUGUGUUGAGCAGACAAAUUUAUAUGCUCUUCAGAAAAAUGUUGACCUGAGAAUGAGUAUGGACGAGGCGAGAGUUUUUAUUGGCGGUAUUUUGAUGUCGGGGUACGCAAAAUACCCCAACAAACGUUUGUAUUGGUCGGAGAAAUCUGAUUCGCCAAGAUUGCUAGCGAACAGCAUGAGGCUGAAUCGAUUUGAGAAAAUUCUAAAUAAUUUCCAUCUGAAUGACAACACGCAAGCCCAGGGUACCGAUCGGCUUUACAAAUUAGGCCACUAAUUACUCACCUGAACGAGGCGUUUCUAAAGCAUGGUGGAAUGGACGAGAAUCUCUCCAUUGAUGAGAGCAUGAUACCGUAUUAUGGUAGGCACUAUGCUAAACAAUAUAUCCGUGGUAAGUCCAUUCGAUUUGGAUUCAAAAACUGGGCUCUGAAUUCCAGCGAUGGAUAUAUGCUUCAGUUCGAUGUGUAUAUGGACAAAAAUGCAGAGAGCGUCCCACAAGGAUAUGGAGUAGGAGGUGACAAAGUGGUUGAUCUCCUCACGAAAGCAAAUGUACCACACCAUAAGGGAUUCAAGCUUUUCAUCGACAACUAUUUUACGUCCGUGAAACUGUUGCGCAAUUUGGCCAGUAUGGGGAUUUGUACAUCUGGUACAAUUAGAGACGGUCGCAUAGAGAAGUGUCCUCUUCGUAAAAUAGCCGCCAUGAAAAAGGAGCAGCGAGGAUCCAGCGAUUUUCGUUUUACUGACGAUGGAUGGCAAGAUUCUCGUUGUAAGAUGGAAAGAUAAUAAUGUGGUCACCAUUGGCUCCAACUUUGAUACCAUCGAUAUCGGGACGUGCAAGCGCUACGCGAGAGGGCAAGGUGCGAUACAGAUACCACAGCCGAAACUUCUUCAGCGCUAUAAUCAAGGCAUGGGAGGCGUUGAUAAAAUGGACCAGAUGGUGGCUGUGUACCGGUCUAGAAUUAGACAGCGUAAGUGGUGGUGGCCCAUAUUUGCAUAUUUGUUGGACGCAUCGAUCGUAAACGCAUGGAUCCUUAUGCGGAAAGUUCAUCCGAACGACCCAAAUUGUGGCACUCUGCUAAUUUUUCGCAGGUACAUAGCCAAUUCGUAUCUAGAGAGAUACGGAAUGCCGUCCUCAAGAGGAUCGAGUAGAACCAGCAUCAACCCUGAUGCGCGCUACGAUGGAAAAAACCAUAUGAUUGAGUACUCGAAUACGGAUAAGAGAUGUGCCUAUUGCGGAAAGAAGUCUAACUUUGUAUGUACUAAGUGCGAGAAAGGGCUUCAUCCGAAAGAAUGCUUCAAGCAAUAUCACACUUCAAAUGCCCAUACUGCAUAGUGUCCCUUAUAAGGGACGGUCCCCAAAACCCCCAAAACACAUUUUUUUUAAUAAAUCGAA